UAUUGUAAAAUUAAUAAAAAUGGAAGAUUCAGUGAAGAAGGAAAGAAAGGAGAGGUUUCUGAACAUGAAACAACGAGACAAUGUCAUUUUCCUUAGAGAAGAAUACAUGAUCAAACUGAGAAAGGAGAGAAAAUAGCAAAAUAUUUGCUCAACAUAGAAAGAAGAUGGUCCAGGCACAAGCAGCCAUGCAAGCUGUUGAUGAUAUGGACAGUGAGGUAUCUGAAUGUGAAGAUAUGGAUAUGCUUGAUAAAGAACUACCAGAGAAGGAAUGUAUGCUUUUGUUAUUGAAACUAUCUCAUGAUUUCAUAAAUGAGUAUACAAACUCUCCAAACCCAACUUUGUUGCCAAAGAUUAAAUAUAUUCUAAAGGCACUUACUUGUAGUUAUGAUAUUUUAGUAUCAGAAUUAGAUUCAAUUUUGAACAACGAUUUUCUCUCUAUAGAUAAGCUAUUUGAUGAAUAUUACCUUUUCAUCCCAAUUAUUCUUGAAAAUAUGAGCGAGCCUGAGAACGAAGACUCUUUCUAUGAUACGAGUAAUAACCUCAAGUGAGUCAAGUAUCUUCUUUGCCUUCUUCUACUCUUGCAGCAAAGUGAGGAUUAUGCUCAAAGGAUUUUCAAUCAAAAAGACUUGAUUAGAGGAGUUUAUCAAAUCAUUUCUACACAUUGCAAUCUAGUAUCGUACAGUCCUCAAUAUGGAGAUAAGGAAACUAAAGUUUCGAGUGAGGAAGGCAAUGUGGGAAUUCCUCCUUCGAUCAUAAAGAUAGCUCUCCAAAAUAUUUUGCUUGCAAUGAGCUUAUAAUGUACCAAUAUUCCAAUAAUGAGGAGAAGCUUGAGAUUAUAGUAGAGGAGACUUCAUUUAUGGAAUUAUGUCCAGAAUUGCUCAGAAUAGCCUCUGAAACGAACUUACCUCUUCUCUGGAAUUGCAUCAGCUAUAUACUUGGUAGUAUUGCUUCUACAAGAAAGAUAGAAGUAAAAGAUGUUCCUGAAGUUUGAGAGCUGUUCAAUGAGAACCUCAGGAGUCCACAUUCAACUAACCUAUGAACUUUAUUUGCAAUAUCUCUCUUUGCUUAUAGUGAGGAAAUUGCCACUCAAUUUCCAACCUUGUUUAAGCUAUCAAUCGAGCUGCCUCUCUGGCACAAAAGCGAUGGAAUUUAUGAAGAAGAUUCCAAUCUAUUUGGAAUUAAUUUUAAAGAAGUAUGCUUUGAGAUACUGCUUACACAUUUCUGAAGUAAUUCUGAAUACGCUCAAAUACUUGCAGAGAAUGAUUUCUGGCCUCAAAUCAAAGAACUAAUUAAGGAUCCAAAUCUAGAGGAUAUCAUUGGACAUCUUGCUGUUAUUGUUGAAAGCCCUAAAUAUUACUAGUGAUUUUAAAAAUUCAAUAGGUUGAAA